UCCUUGGACGCGCAGCGCAAGAUUGACAGCUGAUGACAGACUGCAAGGCGGCGCUUGGAGACCUGAGCUAUCACCGCUUCUCUCCCCUUCCUCCCUCGCUUUCCCCGAAAACUGACGUCUGGCUCCCCUGCAAAAUCUGCACACCGUAAGCGCUCAAAUCCAUUCCCUGAAUCCAUUCUCUGGCUCCUGCUCGGAGUAAUGUCCCAUCAUGCAACAUGCUGGUGAUAUCACGGGCACCACGGAAGUCAAGUGGAGCAUGUAGCCGGUCUAUAGGAGGGCGGAAAACUUGUCUGGGAAGUACUUGCAUGCCGUGCUACCUAUGCCUGAUCCUCCACAGCCAUUUUUUCAGCUUAUUAAAUAAUAAGACUGGCAUUCAUUUCUUCAUUCUUAGCUGCAUCAGUGUGUGUCUGACCAAAACAGAAGGCAGUAGAGAUAAUGGUACCUGGCAGCCUGUCAUAGAUGAUUUGGAACUGAUUAAAAAUAUGACUAAAUUUAUUGAUAUCGAUGCCAUGUUGUACACUGAUAAAGGGCAGCCAAAUUGCAAACUAACUGUGAUGAGAUGCUUUCUCCUCGAGCUGCAUGUAAUUUUGCACGAAUCCGAUGACAAAACUCUUAACAGAACAGUAUGGAACGUCAUCAUCACUGCAAAUAGCACCUUAUCAUCUAAAACGAGCACAAAAGAAUUAGGAUGCAAAAAAUGUGAAGAGUUUGAGGAAAAAAACUUUGCUGAAUUUCUAGACGAUUUUAUGUCUACUGUCCGGUCGUUAAACCACCCCUCCAAUACCACCUAGAAUCCUUAUCAUCAUUUGCCAUUUCUGUGGAACCCAUCAGUCUGUUUCUUCCUGGCAUGCAGAAGCAACGAUCAAGCAUCUUGAGGCUCCUGGAGGAGCGAGGAAUUAAAAAGGAACUUGACUCUCUUAAAGGCACAAGAUGAGAGGAAAUUUGAGGACUAUGAAUGGAUGGGGACCUGUUCUGCCUCUGUUGUUUUAAUUUAUUGUUGUGCAGCAGGCACAUAUUUGUAUAAAAUGUUCAAUAAAUUUCCUGUACAGCUUUUAA